AAUGCCAAGAUUUCGGUUAGUUUAGUUCCUCUCCCAACAAACUAGUACAAUUUUAAUAUACUACUAAAAUUGCCCCACGCUUUCAACGUGCAUCGCGUUCGCGCGCCGAUCGGUCAAACAAGCCGCGCGCGUAGCGCCAGUUUGACACCUUGACUUGUUGCAAUGCAGAAGCUUCCACUCGCCGGUCAGCUGCGUUCGUGCCUCGGAACGUAUAUAAGCGCGGGCGCGCCACCAUGCGAGCGCGGCGAGGGACGCACGCGGCACGCCUACUAUCUAUAUCUUGCGCGCGUGCGGCCGGCCGGCCAUGGAUCCGUUCUACUUCGGCCCGGACCAGCUGGAUGCCGCCGCCGUCGACGAGGACUACCUGACGAGCCUCGGCCUGGUGGUCCUCUCGCCGGAGCCAGUGGCGCCGUUGCCUGGCGGCGCAUUUGAGGCGUACCAGCGGCGUGCGCCGGCGUUGCUGGAGCACUCCCUGCAGACGAUGAGCCGGCGGUACAGUGGAGAGCACAACAUGCACCGGAGGAUGUUCAGUUACCUGAGACGCGUAGCUCAUGACGCCGGCGCCGCCGUGGUGGCGGCCCCAGCGUUCCCGGCGCCCGCGCGCGAGAGCGUUCCCGGCUUCGGGGUUGGCACGUCGCAGGCGCCGCGAAGCUCGCGGUUCCGGAACAUCAUGCGCGAGCGGCUGCGGCGGGAGCGCCUCAGCCAGGGAUUCGCCGACCUCCACGCUCUUCUGCCCCACGGCGCGUCGUCAAAAGGUGGCAAGAACGACAUCGUCGGCGCGGCGGCCGGCUACGUCAGGGAGCUGGUGGCCAGGAAGGAGCAGCUCAGCGCCAGGAACCAGGAGCUCCUAGAGAAGGCCGCGAGCCGCUGGAAGCAGCAGGGAGGCACGAGGAGUGGUGUCGGGCGGGGCAUGGUGGUGAAGGUGCAAGCCGAGAGCCAAGACCAUUCGAUGGCGCUUGGUGCGUUUGUGAGGGUGCUCCAGCGGCUCAAGGCCAUGGAGGCCGGGCUGCAGGUGACGGCGAUCCGGACGCGCUUCUCCGCGGGAGGCGUGUGGAUGAACAUCGGAGUGGAAGGCCAGGUAUCCGCUCGUGAUGUGGACAAGUCAAUAACAAACGCCUUGAUAGAGCUGGAGGGGAACGAUCCAAGAAGCAGCAAGCCCAGAUUCAGCUGUCAAGUCGAAACUGUCCAGAUGGAUUGAUCGUGUUUAGUUGUCGAUCAACAUAUAGUAGCAGCUAGAGAUGAUAGUUUAUUCGUUGUGGUUUUAAACCAAUUAUUUAGACUCCUGCAACUAUAAUUCAUAGAGACAAAUCACUGCAGAAAAGUAAAGGUCCGUGGAUUAAAGCCACAGCGAAGAGGCUAGAUCUUUUUCCAAUAUCCGCUGAAACACAAGCGGAAGAAUUCAAUUUAUACCAUUCUUAAACAUGGUGGAUCUAAGAAACACCACUAGAUAUCUAGGUAGUGUUUGGUUGAAGAGCCAAGUAAAACGGAGCCGUUCUGUCCCA